UUAUGGCGUGACGAAACUGAAUAAUAAUUUGAUCUUUUGUGAAUACAAUCGUAUAUAUUGCAUUGAAAUAAGUAUUUAAACUUCCGCACAUUAGUGGACAUGUUUGAAACUUUCCUUAAAUAUGGCGAUAUACACGAUAUUAAUUCAUUGUUCUCUUCUGUUUAUUUGGGAAGCUGCAUAUUGUUCUGGAAUAGAAGAGACGGAUCCGUCGUGUAGUGUUAAGUGUUUGAAUGGUGGAACAUGCCUCAUUAAUUCAUGCAACUGUCCUAAUGAAAAUACAGGAAACAUUUGUGAAAUCAAAAAUCUAUGUAGUGUUCGGUGCUUAAAUGGUGGAAAAUGCAUAAUCAACGCAUGCAUCUGUCCCGAUGAAUAUACAGGAAAAUAUUGUGAAUACGAAUAUUUGGAUAGACAACCAUUAAGAGAAAUUAAAUUUACUACAGCAAAUGAGACUAGUAAUUUUAGUGUACCGUACUUCAAAAAAGUUGUCAACAAAGACUCUCUGUAUCUUACCGUCUCUAAAGGAUGUCCACGUAAUGUAACACUUUUGCAAAAAAUAGUCAACCGUACAAUUGAACUCAUAAUGGAAACUAGAAAUACCACUGAUACAAUAAUUAAUAUAAAUGAUUCAAGUAUGUUCAGGAUCAGUGUGAGUUGCCUUCACUUUCACAACAUUUCUAUCAGCUGGAAAGGAGGUGUUUUUAAAUUUGGAACAAUACAUUUGUUUGAUAACAAACUUUUGCGAAAAACAGUACAAAAUUAUUCACAAAAGGGAACUAUGUAUCAAGCAAUAUUUUCUUCUGGAGUAAAUACAGAAUGGACAUUAUACGAAGCAGAUGCUGACAAUUCCAGCGUCAGUCUUAAAUCCUCCUCGGGUCAAAUAUAUCAAGUUUGUCCAAUUUUUGAAGAAAGGAAAGAAUUUCGUGUCACUGUUCUCAACAUAAGUUCACGGUGCAGACAACAAUUGGAGAUGGCGACAGAAUGCACAAAUGACCGCUUAAUAGUGAAAUCUAAUUGUUCUGCUAUUAGAGAUAACUGCCAUGGUCUACGAGAGAUACUUUGGAUAACAGUUUGUACAACACCUCAACCGAAUUCUUGCAACAGAUGUAAAAUUAAAAAUUUAAGAUUUGAUCUCACCAAAGCCUGUUCCGUUGCUGCAGACAGUGACAUUGUAACUAAAAUACGGUUAAUUACGUCUAAUACUUGUAUUGCAGCGACACAGUACAUAAUUAUGUGGAAUGAAAUUAAAGUUGAACAUGUUGAAGAUCAAUCGUCGUCAACAAGAAAUAUACCAACUACAUGGCCUUUCACACAAACAUCAACAUAUGGUGAACAUGACCUGUUUACAUCUUCAGUUGAAGGACAGUCGUCAUCAACACACUCAUUACAAACUACAAGGUCUAUAACACCAACAUAUAGUGAACAUGUACCAUAUACAUCUACAGCCAGCAAUAUAAAGGACAAAGAUUCUCAUUCCAUGUCAGACAACCAAAAAGUUAUUGGUUUGACCAUUGGUGCAUCUGUUAGUGCUGUAAUAAUUGUCAUUUUACUGAUUUGUCUUCUUAUAGUUAUAAGACGAAGAUCAUUAGAAAAGAAAUCAGACAAAAAGAACCAAACCAUACAGAACUCCGAAGAUGGAAAUGAUUACACUAGACGACAGAAUAUUGCCUUACCUAUGCAAGGAGAUUUGACAGAAUACAAUGAAUUAGCCAUGUGUCGUGAUAGUCAUCAAUACGGAGAUUUAAAAUCGGUGGGAACAAAACUACACGAGACAACCUAUGAUUAUAUCGGCCCUAACAUACACAAACAAGAAACAGAUAUUUGUAAAAAUGAUGAGAUAAACUCUACAAGGAAUCCAGGUGUUGAAUUAAUUCAAGAGUAUUCAGUACUAGACCCAAAUGAGAAAACAUCAAAUACAGUUAAUGUUAUUUUAAAUGCUGGAAGGGAUUGCGAUACAUAUGCAGUUCUCGAUCCUGAUGAAUCCACCAACCACCUUCGUUCUGGAGCCGUCAACAAUGAUCGAUUAGAUAUACCCGUGUGUGAAUCUAACAAUAAGCACAUAAAAGAAUCAACAUGUUCUUAUGCUAAAGAUGAAUCCUAUGCAGUUCUUGACCCAAAUAUUACAGGCUUUGAUCGAACUGAAAACGAUGAAAAAAACGAAUCAUCUGAAACUUAUACCGUACUCGACCCUAAUAUAACUGGAUUUAAUCGUUCUGAUCUUACUCAUGGAUCCGGAGGUAUGCCGAACUUGAAGGAUCAUUUAAAUAAAAACGGCUUAAUUCAGCCAUUUGGGAAUGGCAAUGAUUACGAGUUUGCAAAUCCUAUAGCUGGUGAUCCGUCCUUAAAGUCAUGUUUGCCAAGUUACAGAGAUCGAACAAAUAGUGGAGGAAGCUAUGGUACUUAUCAAACUGGCAAUACUCACCGACGUCAAGACAUCCAUCAACAGAAUCCUGAAGAAAAUGUUUACAACCGCACUGUUGAUGAUGUAUAUGACUCAGCCUUCCAUAAAAGGAUGCCAACCUCUAGUGAUGAUAUCUACGAUCAUUUCUCUGGCGAGAAGAUAAAUGACUGUGGUAAAACCUAAAAAGACUAAACGUUGAUAAAACAUAGCAUGGAAAUGCGAAUAUGAAACUUAUAUCUAUCAACAUAUUUCAAAAGUAUAUAAUUGCCUUAUGAACUGAUAUCAUAAACACUUUUUUAUAACAUACCUACUCAUUACAUUUGUACCAAAUUAUUAUUCCUAUAAGCUCAUCACAGUUUCAUCAUCACUGUUCAAAACUUUCCGAUAUCGCAUUUAUUAAGUAUUUGUGCAUAUUUUAGUCGUUGCUUUGGAAUGAUUGUAAAAAUUAAACUAACAUUUUACAAAACUAAAAGUUCAUUCUUAUCCAUCAUCAAUAAAUGAUGCAUUUUCUAAAAUGCAAUUUGUCA